AUGAAGCUCUGUAAUUACCCUGCACUCUGCUCCCGCGUGAUCUAUGGGAACACUCAGGGAGAUUUUAAUGUCUUCACUUUGCAGGCGGCGUCUUACCCAGUCCCUGACACAGCAGGAUUUCUGCAGAAAUCUUCUUCUGUUGUGACCUCUGCUUCAAACCGUGCCUAUGCAACUGAGCCUGAAGGGGGUAAUAAGGCAGUGCUUGUCACAGGAUGUGAUUCAGGUUUUGGAUUUUCAUUGGCAAAGCAUCUCCACGACAAAGGAUUCACUGUGUUUGCAGGAUGCUUGUUGAAGGACAAAGGAGAUACUGGUGUGAAGGAGCUGGACAGCAUGAAUAGUGAUAGGAUGAAGACCAUACAGUUGAAUGUUGUGAAGGAUGAAGAAGUGAACAGAGCGGUGGAGAUUAUAAAAGAAAACUUGAAAGACUCGCAAAAGGGACUAUGGGGCCUAGUAAACAAUGCUGGAAUAUCUACAUUUGGAGAAGUGGAGUUCACCAGUAUGGAGACUUACAAAGAAGUUGCUGAAGUGAAUUUGUGGGGCACUGUCCGAACUACCAAAGCCUGUCUCCCUCUGAUUCGAAGAGCUAAAGGCCGUGUAGUAAAUAUAAGCAGUAUGAUGGGUCGCAUGGCAAACACUGCGCGUUCUCCUUACUGUAUCACCAAAUUUGGGGUAGAGGCCUUUUCAGAUUGCUUACGGUAUGAGAUGCAUCCCCUUGGAGUGCAGGUGAGUGUGAUUGAACCAGGGAACUUCAUCGCAGCCACCAGCUUAUACAGCCAAGGAAAAAUAAAAGAAAUUGCUGAAAAGAUGUGGAAAGACUUACCAGAAACCGUGAAGAACGAUUAUGGAAGAAAGUACUUUGACGAUAAAAUUGCCAAGAUGCACACAUAUUGUAAUAGUGGUUCAACAGACACCUCUUCUGUCAUUAAUGCAAUUACCCAUGCUCUCACCUCUCCAACUCCCUAUACACGCUACCAUCCCAUGGACUACUACUGGUGGAUCAGGAUGCAGAUCAUGACACACCUACCGGGGGCCAUAUCUGAUAGGAUUUACAUCUUUUAG